ACGCUCUUGAUAGUGUUUACAUGUUUUGGAUGUUAUUUUUUUUUUGUACACAAUUUUUAUAACAAAAAAAAAAAAAUAUUUACAAUACCAGUUGGUCCAGUUCCGUCAUGUUGCAUAAAUACUUGUCAAGUUAUUUAUUUAUCAACAAUAUUGUUAAAUAAAUUAUCAUUUAAUGUAUUGUUAAUAAUAUUAUAAUUAUGAUGCACUACGGUUGGGUUCAUUCACAAAAUGUCCUGGACAAUCAUAGUUGUAUUACAGCUCAAUAUAUUGAAGGAUCAUAUCGUGAAGUGAGAAAUGAUAAUCGUGAUGAAGAUAGUGAACAAACUGGUGAUGAAACUCAUGAUACAAUAACAUCUGGUGAUAGAAGUCCAAGUGCUGAUAUAUUUCGUUUAGAAUUUGCAGCAACACAAUGGUCAAAAUUAGUAUCAAAUGCCGAGGGUUUAUUUUCAAAAAUAGUAACAAAUAAUAUGUUACCACAUAAUGAACAAGAUCAAAUAAAACAAUGGUUAUGUAUGAAACAAGAAUAUGAAGAAUGUAUAACAUCUGAUGAUACAGCAAGUAUUCCUGGUUUUACUGAAUGUCCACGUAGAUCACUUGAAAUAAUUGAAGAAGUUACUGAAACUGAUGAGUCUGGUAAUCGUACUGAGUAUCGUAAUGUAUCUGAAUAUUCAGAUGAAGAUUCAGAUGAUGAUGAUGAUGAUGAAGAUGAUGAAGAUAUUACUGAAGACGAGGAUGAUGAUGAAGAUGAGGAUGAUGAAGAAGAACAGAGUGAUGCAAGUCUAUCAGAAAAUCCUGAUUUUCUUGAAAAGCUAGAUGAAUGUAUGAAUAAAUUAAAAAUUGAAACUGAUAAAUUAAUUGAUUCAGUUGAUGAUGAAUUUGAAAAUAAUAAAUUUAUAGUUACACAACAUAGUAAUAAUGAUAAUAAUAAUAGUGAUAAUAAUGAUGACGAUGAUGAUGAUGAUGAUAAUUAUGAUGAUGAUUAUGCAAAAAAUAUUAAACAAAUACCAAUGAGAAAUCAAAAUACACGUAGAAAUUCAAUGCUACCAGGCUCAGAAAUGUGUAAUGAUAUUGCUGUAUUUAGUGGUGGUUUAAAGCUACCACAAAACAAUGCAAAUGAAAAAAAUAAUAAAUUAAUUGAUAAUAAUGCUGAAAAAAAAUUAAAUAAUAAUAAUUAUACAAUGAAAAAUAAAUAUUCACCAGAUAUAUUAAUUGAUACAUUAAAAAGUAAUGAAAUACCAGAAGAAAUAAAAACACUUAAAGCAUUAACAAUAAAUAAUGAAGCUAAACAAACUGAAGUUAAAAAAAUACAAUCUGAUUUAGAUGGUGCACAUAAAAGAAUUGAAGAAUUACAAACAACAAUUAAAAUAAAAGAAAAAUUUAUAGCUGAUAUGAUAAAAAAUUCAGAAACACGUAGUAGUGCAAAAAUGAAAAUUCAACGUAAAAGAUCAAAAUUAGAAGAAGAAUGGUGUACAACAAAAACACAACUUGCACAAGUUAAAAAUUCAAUGUAUCAUGAUAAUGAAAAUACAACACAUAAACAUGAAAUUGAAAGAUAUAAAAAAAUUGCAAUAAAUUAUGAAAAAAGAAUGCAUGAUAUUGAAAUGAUAAAACAAAUUGCUGAUGAUUCAGCUAAAAAAGUAUUAGAACUUGAAAGUUCAUUAAAUUCAUCAAAAAAACAAAUGGAAAAAUUAAAAAAACAAUUAAAAAAAGAAGAACAAAGAAAGGGUCAAUUGGAAGAAGAAUUAUCAAUUGAUCAAAAAAAAAUACGUGAACUUGAAGAAAAAUAUAAUUUAACAGCAUCAAAACUAAAAGAAAUGCAAUCAGAAAGUGAAGAUGAAAGAGUUUAUUCAAGAUCAAAAGAUGAAAUUGAUAAAAAAAAAGAAGCAAUAAGUGCUAGAAUAUUACAUCUUGGUUAUGUAUUAGCUGAAAAAUCAAUGAAUCUUGAAAAAACUGAUGAUACUGAUGAAAAAGCAGCAUUACGUCAUGAAAUUGAUAAUUUAAGAAGAACAAAACAACGUUUAGUUGAUGAAAAAUGUAAUUUAGAUGUUAAAUUUCAAAAAGAAUUAUUAAGUACUGUUGAAGAAAGAAAACGUUUAGAAUGUGGUGAAACAAUUGAAGCAAUUGAUGUUAUUAUUGAGCAUAAAAAUGAAAAAAUAUGUGGACGUAAAUAUUUUGAUGAUAAUCAAAAUAAAAAAGAAAAUAUUGAAUCAAUAUUAAUGGAAAGAUUAUCAGUAUUAUCAUCAGAUGAAAUUAUUAAAUUAUUUUUAAAAUAUUUUCGUAAAGUUAUUGAUUUAAAAGAAAGUUCAAAAAUAUUAGAUGAACAAAUUGCUGAAACUGAAAAUCGUUUACAAACACAAGAAGUUAUUAAUCAUAGAUUACGUAAUAGUUUAAAACAUGUUAAUUUUGAAGCUGAAAGAAAAAUGGUAUUUUUACAAAAACAACAUGAAGAAAAAAUAGCUUUAAUGUUUCGUCAUUUUGAUGAUGAAACUGGUAGUUCAAGUCAUGAUAUUAUUGAUAAAGGUAAUGAACUUGUUCAAUAUAGAAUAGAAAAUAAUACUCUUAAACGUAGACUUGCUGCUCUUGAGGAACUUGUUAGAUGUCCAAUAUUACCUGGUGCAUCAAGUCCACCAAGAAUUCAACAACAAGAAUUGAAAAAAAUUGGACCACCUAAAACUCAAGUUACAAGACAAAAAAAUAAACUUAUCAUCCAAAAAACAGGCUGUGAAAAACGAAAAAAAUAAAUUUUUCCUAAUAAGAAUCAAUUCAAUAAAUGUGUCAAAUUAAAUAUAUAAAAAAAAAUUUCAUUCUUCUAAAAUAUUAUUGUCAAUUUAGUAAAUAUAAUGACUAAUUAAUCAACUUGGUGUUUUUUUUUGUAUUUAAUACAAAUUAAUUGUUUCCAUUUAUAUCGCUGACUUUUAGCUCUCUCUUACCUAUGGUAUUUUAUUUAUUAUUAUAUUAUGUAAAUAUAUAUA